GAAUAACAGGCAGGCUGUGCUAAAUCAGUGCCAUGCUACUCCUUGUCCACGCAGUUUGACUGGUACCUUGCAAACCCAUUCCCUCUUGCACAUCCAAGGAUAUGCAAGGAUAUACCAGGAUAUACCUACUUGCUUCGAAAGUUAUCCAUGCUGCUCAGGACCUUUGUCAGCUCCGACUCGAGAUUUUCCUGCUCAUAGUUGAGUGCCUUCAUCUCUUGAUUCAUUUUGCUCAUGUACUGAUCGUAGAUGGCCUUGAUGUCUGAUUCGGAGUGGGAAUUGUCUUGAUCCUUCAGGAAAUUCCACCGUGUCGUCAGGAUCUUGUUCUGUUGCUCUAGGCACUGGACCUGCCGAAGAAAUUUCAGAGACUUCAGCAACACCAACAGCUGAUAGCAAAGCUGACCGAGUGCUUCUGGUCUGGAGACCUCUGGAGUAGCUGCUGGACCUAGCUGAGAUCUCCAGGCCCAUGCUUAUCGGCAGGCCACCAGGUUGGGCUUAUCGUGAAAUCUGGAGCCUCUGUCACUUCUUCCAUCUCUGUUUGCACGGAACAAGCUGGUGCCUGUGGUCUGGCUUAGGGCUGGAUGUAUAUGCGCACAUCCCUCUUCUUCUGGAUAGUCAGAGGACCAGGCCUGCAGCACAUGCAACAAAACCUAUCCAGAGCACCAGGGCUUUGCAGAAACCUGCCUCGGCUGGAUGAGUUGUUUUCCUUUGAGAAAAUCUUCUGCCUUCUCAUGGAUCUUAAGAGAUGAAAGCGACACUUUCUUGGCUGAGUGUGCAACCCCUCACGCAUCCCUUUAUGCAAGGAGGGAGGAACAGAGAAGCCUUGAGGACGUGGGGAUUGGACCUGUCCUGUUCUAAUUCUCUGCCCAGGUCGCUCGGAAGAGCCCGUGCUUCCUGUCCCUUGGCUGCACAUGUGGCAGAGGCAAAGGGAGGCACGGAACAAAGCCAGGUCUGAGCGCCGGGAUACGGCGCCAGGUGUGUCCUGUCCCCCUUCCCUGGCCCUUCCCUUCGAGUUCAGCAGGUUGACGGAGGGUGGGAAGGCUGCCAGGCACACCCAGCUCGGAAGGCAGUAAAACGAUCCCUCUUUUGCCCUCGAGCCAAGCCCAGCUCUUCUAACGGAUAAAAGGAGAAGCGAGUCAGGAGAGCUCACUUGCCUCCCUGGUCUCCAGUACAGCUUUCCUGAGCUUUUGAAGGGUGGGGGAUACUGAAGGCACCCUCUGAGCAGCCAUGUCCCGGUCUGUGAGUUUCAGCUCUCGCUCUGUGGCAGUCCCAGGGGUCAGCCAAAUGCGGGUCAGCACCGUCUCCUCCACCCGUGGAGGAGUGGGUGCCGGCUUUGGCAGCUCCAGCCUCUACAACCUCGGCUCCACCAACAAGCGGAUCUCCCUUGGAGGUGGCAGCUCCUACAGCGUUCGGUCUGGAUAUGGCUACGGUGGCAUGGGAUUUGGUGGGGGAGUCCCCGGGGGCAUUCAGGAGGUCACCAUUAACCAGAGCCUCCUGACACCCCUCAACCUGGAGAUCGACCCCAAUAUCCAGCGGGUGCGGAAGGAGGAGAAGGAGCAGAUCAAGACACUCAACAACAGGUUCGCCUCCUUCAUCGACAAGGUCCGGUUCCUGGAGCAGCAAAACAAAAUGCUGGAGACCAAAUGGAGCCUUCUCCAGGACCAAAAGACUGCCCGGAGUAACAUCGCUCCCAUGUUUGAGGCAUACAUCAACAACCUGAGACGUCAGCUGGAUGGGUUGUUGAAUGACAAAGGGCGUUUGGAGGGCGAACUGAAGAACAUGCAGGAUCUUGUUGAGGAUUUCAAGGCCAAAUACGAAGAUGAAAUCAACAAGCGCACAGCAGCAGAGAAUGAGUUUGUGGUGCUCAAGAAGGAUGUGGAUGCCGCCUACAUGAACAAAGUGGAGCUGGAGGCCAAGGUGGAUGCACUGACGGAUGAGAUUAACUUCCUGAGAUCUCUUUAUGAAGCGGAACUUCGUGAGCUGCAGUCCCAGAUCUCUGACACAUCUGUGGUGCUGUCCAUGGAUAACAGUCGAAACCUGGACCUGGACAGCAUCAUUGCAGAGGUCAAAGCACAAUAUGAGGAUAUUGCCAACAGGAGUCGGGCAGAGGCUGAGUCCUGGUACCAGAGCAAGUAUGAGGCACUGCAGGUCACUGCUGGGAAACACGGAGAUGACCUGCGCAACACGAAGAAUGAGAUCUCAGAGAUAAACCGCAUGAUCCAGAGGCUGCAGGGUGAAAUUGAAAAUGCGAAGGCCCAGCGUGCCAAGCUGGAGGCUGCCAUUGCUGAAGCUGAGGAGCGUGGUGAGAUGGCUGUCAGAGAUGCCAAGGCAAAGCUGGAGGAGCUUGAGGCAGCUCUGCAGAAGGCGAAGCAGGACAUGGCCCGGCAGCUGCGCGAGUACCAGGAGCUGAUGAACGUCAAGCUGGCCCUGGACAUCGAGAUCGCGACCUACAGGAAGCUGCUGGAGGGAGAAGAGAGCAGGUUGGCUGGUGAUGGAGUUGGCAGCGUCAAUAUCUCUGUGGUCAGCUCCAGCGGUGGAGGUGGCUACGGCAGCUCCAGUGGAUUUCUGGGAGGAGGAGUCAGAGGAGGCCUUAGCCUGGGAGCAGGCAUGGGCAGUGGGGCGCUCGGCUUCUCCUCUGGGGGUGCUACCAAAUCCUACACUGUCACCACAACCUCGUCCACCAGAAGCUUCAGGAAGUAACCACAGGAACGGAAAUCGGCGGUUUCCCACUACACGGGAGGAGGGAAAACAUAGAAAAGUUGUGUUGCCUUUUAUAGGACAAAUUGGCUGCAAAAUUUCUGCAGUGAUGAAUGAAUUGGAAUAAGAUAUACCAGAGUACCUGACCCUGCCACAUCACGCCUAAGGCUUGAACCUGCACUGUUGAACUCAGCAGGAACCAUUCCACUGAGAGCAAGUUCAAGCCUGUAGGGUGAAAUUUAUCCAGGGAAGCAGGCAGGGUAAUGCUUUUUGUUACUUGUGUGUAUGGUACCCCCUGCUCAGGGCUGGAUUUCACCCUUUGAAGGGCAAAGCAAUCAUUUGAGCAGCAAGCUUUUCCACAUUUCUGCUGUGGUUUUACAAAAGAGACCAGAAGAUUAUCUCCCUCUGAAUAUGAUUUGGAAGACUUUAUUCCCUUGGGCUCCUCAGAAAAUGCCAACCCUUGUUGAGAUUUCAGCCUGGGAUUGUUUUCUUAAAAUAUACCAGGAAGAAAACAGUUGAAACUGUUUUGGGUUUCUCCUUAUAUUUUGGCGUAAUUGGCUCAGAAAUGGAAUUCAGCAAUUCUUAUCUGAAUGAAGCUAAUUUCUUACCGAAGGCAAUGCAGACAUUAACUUUCAGCCUUCAUGUAACAAAAUAACUCAUAAACGAGCUCCCCUACACAUUUCAUCUCCCUAAAAGAAACCCAGAGCUUAAGGGGUAUGAAAUUGCUUGAAAUUUAUAAUUAGCAUACUAAAAUGGGGGAUAAUACUCCCCAUUCUUGGGUGCCUCUGUUUACUACCCGAUAUUUCAAAGCAAAACUAGUGAUAUGUGGUGUCUCUACUACAGCUAGGGAAAAAACGUUUUGUUGAUGUAUCAUUACAAUGACUAUUUGUUCCUGCCAAAAUGUGUCUUCAACAUAAACGUGCCAGAUAAAUAGGUUGUUACUGCAGUAGGAAGAAUUUUUAAAUAAAUAAGUCAAAGAAACUGUUGUAUUGCAUGCUCUGCCAUGUCCUAGCAGCGUAUCUUUGGUUGACAUUUUAUGCCUUUGUGGUCUGGGAGUUUGUCAUGAGGUCGUUAAUAAAGUUUCCCUAUUGCAUGCUU